UACUCGUCGUCCAAAAUGGCUGCCAACACCACUUCGGAAGAAAGCCUUUAUGGAGAUUACGAAGACUAUGCCAAUUUUGAAGACAAUGCAGGUCUCAUUGAUUCUAUGGGGAUGCUUUCCGUGGCGGUCUACAGCAUUGCCUUCCUUCUGGGGGUGAUAGGAAAUGGCCUAGUCAUCUUCGUUACAGGCUUCCGUAUGAAGAGGACCGUUAAUACCAUCUGGUUUCUCAACUUGGCCAUAGCUGACUUUGUCUUUACUUUUUUUCUCCCAUUGAGUGCGGCCUACAUAGCUUUAGGCUUUCACUGGCCCUUUGGCAAGGCCCUGUGCAAGCUCAGCACCACUCUGGCCUUCCUCAACAUGUUUGCCAGUGUCUUCCUGCUCACUGUCAUCAGCAUGGACCGCUGCAUCUUUGUGGUGUGUCCUGUCUGGGCCCAGAACUAUCGCACAACCCGGCUGGCUUCCUUGGUCACGCUGGGCAUCUGGCUAGCAGCCCUGGCCCUCAGCUGCCCAUACCUUGUCUUCCGUGACACUAAAAGCUCUCUGGACGAGAACACCACUCACUGUUACAACAACUUUGCCUUGUCGGAUGGCUUCCAGUCAACGGAAGCUGAUGAGCUGGGGGAGCAUCGUCACCAGGCCCUAGUGCUGACCCGUUUUGUGGCUGGGUUCCUGGUACCAUUCACUGUCAUCCUGUUCUGUUAUGGCGUUAUCACGGCCAAGCUGAAGGGGAACCGGCUCACUCGCUCAGGCAGGCCCUUCAAGAUCAUGGUAGCAGUGGUCUUGGCCUUCUUUAUCUGCUGGUUCCCUUAUCACGUCUUCUCCUUCCUGGAGAUGUCAGUCACUGCAGUAACACCCUGGCUACAGACUGUUCUGGUGGUGGGGAUUCCCUUGGCUUCAGGCCUGGCUUACCUCAACAGCUGCCUGAAUCCUUUCUUGUACGUCUUUGUGGGGCAGGACUUCAGGGAGAAGUUGCGGACAUCUGUGCUUGCAGCUUUUGAGAGCGCUUUCAGCGAGACUUCAGCGCAAGUGUUGACCAAGAGCAAAUCCAGUUUGGAGGUAGAGUCUCACCUAGUUUAGAGCAGAAGCAGGCAGACUUCAGACUUAUUGGUCAACUUAUCCCCCCCACCCCGAUCCUUGAGGUCCACCAACCAAAGCCAUGUACAAAAUGGUGGCUUUGGAGGGUGGAACCUGGUGCAAAAUGGUGGUUCGGGGCUGAAACCAAUUCCCUACUAAACCGUAAUCCACAGUUGGGCGAUAUCUCUAUUAGGGCUUUCCAAAAUGUCACAAAACUGGGCAAGCUUCCAACAUCUCCAGAACUCUUUACCAGGCUAGGUGAUACAAAAAGAAUGGGUGGAGGAAGUACAAAAA